CAUGAAUAUUUUGUACGUAGCAACUCUACUGUUUAUCUUGUAUUUCCUGUGCCUUCCAUCUUCUGAUGCUUCUCAUUUGUUAUGUGUGUUGGGUUUUACAAGUUUUUGUCCAAAUUGGAAAGAUAUUUUAUUGAGUUACUUCAACCAUACAAUAUUAUAUUCACUUUUAAAAAGUUCGUCAUUAUUCAAGUUCUUGUCAGUAUAACUACUAAGACAUGUGACUGAUACCUGAAAUGUUAGGUAUGCGUGUAGUGAGCGAAGAAGUCUAGUGAGAAUAACCAAUUAUUAUUGUUGUUUAUUGCUAAAUUACAGAAAGCCUUGAUAAAAUAUGAAAACCGUACAUCAAAUACAACAUUUACAUAUCUUCC